AUGGUAUUUCGUAAAUACCGCGCCGUCAAACAAUGGGGUAAAAUGGAUACGAGGAUUUUCAAAGAAAUCUAUAAUUCUCGUAAUAAACGGAAAAUGCCAGCUUUUCAAGUUCCAGAAGCAAUCGAAGCUCUUGGUGUCAAAAUAUUUGAAGCAAAUGAUCCAAUGAUUUUUGCCAGACAACAACAAAGAAAUAUUAUUGAAACUGCGGCAAAUGAUUAUAAUCAAAGAAUAGUGCAAAAUGAGCAACAACAUCCAUUGUUCAAAUCAAAUAAAGCAUAUAUUUUUGAAGGAGAAGAACCAAUGAGUGAUGGAAUUGCGCAAGCAUCACUUUUAACAAAAAGUAUUGUUAGAAAUGGAUUACCAGAAUCAAUUAUUCAUAGUUCUUCGAAAAUCGAGAUUGAUGAAGAAACAGUGAGUCAUACAUUUAUUUUCAGAAUGUGCGAAUACUUUUCUGGAGAAAAUUCUUUUGUUUUCAGGUUUGUGAUGCAAUUCUCCACGGUGAAAGAUAUGAUCCAACUCUCGAGAAACUACCAAAAAGAUUCGAUCCAGUUCUUUUCUGGGUAAAACAUAUUCGAGUUCACGGAACACCAGUUGUCAAGCGAAACAAUAUAAUUCUAGAUAAUUUAUUACGCCAAGUUGUAUUUGCUGGUUUACGAACAAAUACGCUGAAAACAAAUAUGCAGUGAGUAUUUAGAAACAUUCAUUCCUUUUUUUAAAGUUGGAAUCGAAUCCAAAGUAAUCGAAUUUGAAUUUCAGAAUAAAUCGUGAUUCUCCAUUGUCAGUUCAUCUCUCAGGAGGUCUCUAUUUUUAUGAUAAUCCACUUGUUCUUCGAGGUCAACCUCAUUUAACAGUUCAAUCUUCUGAUAGUAAUAUAACAUCAGCAUGGGCUGGAAAAUCGGAUAUCGAUGCAGCAAAUCAAGAACCACUUCCAGAUAUUUAUCCAAUCUCUCCAAUUAUUGAUUUCAACAAAGAUAAUAUUUAUAAUGACGAUUUAUUAUUGACAAGAAAAACCCAUCAAUCGCAUAUUCAUUCAGUUCUUUGGUCGAGAGAACAAGAUCAAAAAUAUGCAUGGACGAAAGAACAAAAUAUGGCAAAUGCUAUUUUAACAACGUAUGCAGCUGCAGUUGCAGAAGCAACAAGAAAUGGGCAAACUGAACUCGAAAAACCAUUGGUAAGAUACGAUUAUUUCAAAAAGGCUAUCCAAUAUUUUACUUAUUUUCUUUCAGUUAGUUCGUGGAGUUCAAUUAGUAGAUGGCCGCUUGGAUCUCGUUGCAUUCCAAUUAAAUACAUUAGAAUUGACCGAAGAAGAAAAUCCAGUCAAAAAUAUUGUUUGGAUUGAAAAAGGAAUCGAAUUAUAUAAACCAAAACCAUUCUAUGAACAAAUGGAACAAGUCGAAAAACUCAAUAUGGAAACUUUCAAAAAAUUCGUUGCUCUUAUGCUUGGACAUAUCCAUUAG